AAAUUAUGAAAGCUCUUCUUUUCGUCGUUUGUGGUAUCAAAAUUUUGAUAUUUCUUAGUUGCAUCUGCAUUGGCAUCACAUGCUUAUAUAUACCCAUUCAAUAACAACAAUGUAAAUGAAUUGGAAGGCCUUAAUCAAAAACAAAUUGCUUAAUUGAUCAAAUACAAUAUUGGAUUAGUCGAACACAUUUCUGCUGACUAACAAAAGGUCUUUGAACAAUUGAUAAAGUAUAUAUUUCUACGUCAAUUAGAACAUUUGGCAAAGGCAAUAUCUUAUCGCCAACGGAUAUGAACUAUUUGAUUCUUAUUGAGAGCGAGAAAUUGUAUUAAGGAUAAGAAUUAAAAUAACAGAGAAUAACUGAGGGAUUCUCUUAGAGCUUUAAAGUGAUGGACAAGGAUCCAAAAUCCCUUAUGGAAUCACUUUUUGGUCAACAAGGUAAUCAUUUGAAUCCCAAUUUAGAUGAUUCUUUAAUUUAGAAAGCAAGAAAAAUAUACAACCAAAAUAAUUUGGGAUUCAAAAUCUAUCAAAAUGAGGACAACUUGGAUAUUAAUUAUUUAUAAUGGACAAUCACUCUUUAUUUAGGCAAAAAUGUAAAAUAUAAACUUAUUAUAUAGAAUGAAGUUUAUUUCUAUGAACCAAACAAAGAUAAAUCAUAUAAAGUGGAUUCAAGUUUAGAAAAAUGUGUUGACAAUUUCUUCGGAACAACCUUUGAUUAUGCACCAAAUGAGAAGAAAAUUUAUAAAUACAACACAAAUGAAAUGAUCGAAAUUACUUAAGACAAUGAAGAAUAAAUAAUUGGGUUCUUAAAAGACGUGUGUGCUAUGAAUAAAUUAUCUACACUCUUUAAAAAAUGUAAUCUUAUUCCAUUAAUUAAUCAGCCAAUUAACCCAACAUGUUGUCAAUUAUAAAUAAGUCUAUUGCAAAGCUAGAAAAACUCAUGAAAGAACCAGAAAUAGAGAUGAUCUAUGAUAUGAUGAGAAUCGCUCAUAAAAAAGUAAAAUAUUAAAUUAUUUUAAGCUCUCUAAAAACUUAAGAAAUACUUUUGAAAACGAAGAACUAUUCGGUCUCAUUUUAGUUGAAGAAGAAAAGAAUCCUCAAUUAACAACUACUAAGGAAUCAGCAAAAGUUUAAAGAAUUUUAAUGGAGACAAGAACAAGAAUGUUAAAUUAAGUUACUGUAUGAUAUUCUAAAUUACUUUUAUUAGUAAACUAACUCUUCUGGAUAUGUCAUGGAUGCAACUACUUAUCAAAUUUAUGUUUGGUUUGGAGUUUUCUUUGUUAUAGUCUUGAUUGGUAUAAUAUAUGCUAUGGUCACCAUGGAUAUUUAAAAGGAUACUUUAUUGUAUGCAAAAUUCUUAACAACAGAUUAAAGAGCAUGAUCAGUAUAUGUAAUUAUACCAAAC